AUGGGCCUAAAGCAAAGUCAGGGCUCGGGCGCUGGAGGAGGACAGGUCACUCAGUGUUUGGACCGAAGACCACCUCCAGCUCUGACUGAAGCACUUUACAUCUGUAGUGUCAGGGUCACUCAGUGUUUGGACCGAAGACCACCUCCAGCUCUGACUGAAGCACUGUACAUCUGUAGUGUCAGGGUCACUCAGUGUUUGGACCGAAGACCACCUCCAGCUCUGACUGAAGCACUGUACAUCUGUAGUGUCAGGCUGUCUGUGCUAACCACAGACCUGUCUGUGGUUAGCACAGACCUGUCUGUGCUAACCACAGACCUGCCUGUGCUAACCACAGACCUGUCCGUGCUAACCACAGACCUGUCCGUGCUAACCACAGACCUGUCCGUGCUAACCACAGACCUGCCCGUGCUAACCACAGACCUGCCCGUGCUAACCACUAACCUGUCCGUGCUAACCACAGACCUGUCCGUGCUAACCACAGACCUGUCCGUGCUAACCACAGACCUGUCUGUGCUAACCACAGACCUGUCCGUGCUAACCACAGACCUGCCCGUGCUAACCACUGACCUGUCCGUGCUAACCACUGACCUGUCCGUGCUAACCACAGACCUGUCCGUGCUAACCACAGACCUGUCUGUGCUAACUACUAACCUGUCCGUGCUAACCACAGACCUGUCCGUGCUAACCACAGACCUGUCCGUGCUAACCACUAACCUGUCCGUGCUAACCACAGACCUGUCCGUGCUAACCACAGACCUGUCCGUGCUAACCACUAACCUGUCCGUGCUAACCACAGACCUGUCCGUGCUAACCACAGACCUGUCCGUGCUAACCACUGACCUGUCCGUGCUAACCACAGACCUGUCCGUGCUAACCACAGACCUGUCCGUGCUAACCACAGACCUGUCCGUGCUAACCACUGACCUGUCCGUGCUAACCACUGACCUGUCCGUGCUAACCACAGACCUGCCCGUGCUAACCACAGACCUGUCCGUGCUAACCACUAACCUUUGUUUUGAAUCCAUGUCGGCACAUUAUCCCCAAGGCUCAUACCCCUCUGCCCUGCGGUCCCUGUGCUCCCUGUGCUCCCUGUGA